GGUUGUACGUAAAUACUUUUCUCCUUCAGAACCAGAGCGAAUUAGAGUCGCGCUAUCCCGUUAGGGCAGUGGUGAGCUGUUUGUGCUGGGCCUUCUGGUGCUGCUCGUGCUGCCGUUGCCUCUGCCUGCCUGCCUACCAGCCAGCUAAUCAGCCAGCCAGCCAGUCGGCCAGAUAAUCAGCCUUCGUCAGCAUUACAUUACUAUUGUGCCAGUUUCGAAGAGUUUUGCGUGAAAUCGUGAGAAUUGCUCGAAUCCACUCGCAUCCAGAACCUAACAGGUCCGAAGGGUGGCACGGAACAGUUUUACGGGCCGGCCGGAAGGCGCAGAAGAAGGAGGCGUGACGGCGCACGGUGUGGCCACGGCAAUCGCAGCGAUGACGGCGACCGACAACACGGUCCGCUUUAGCGAUCACACGCUCGACAAGGCGACCAAGGCGAAGGUGACGCUCGAGAACUACUACAGCAACCUGAUCACACAGCAUGGCGAGCGCAAGCAGCGGCAGGCGAAGCUGGAAGCGUCACUGAAGGACGAAACGUUGUCUGAGUCGCAGCGGCAAGAGAAGCGCCAGCAGCACGCGCAAAAGGAGACGGAAUUUUUGCGCCUCAAACGAUCGCGGCUCGGCGUGGAAGACUUUGAGGCACUGAAAGUGAUUGGCCGCGGUGCGUUCGGUGAGGUGCGGUUGGUGCAAAAGAAGGACACGGGCCAUGUGUACGCGAUGAAGGUGCUCCGGAAGGCCGACAUGCUGGAGAAGGAGCAGGUGGCACACGUGCGGGCCGAACGGGACGUUCUCGUGGAGGCCGACCAUCAGUGGGUCGUGAAGAUGUACUACAGUUUUCAGGAUUCGGUCAAUCUUUACCUGAUUAUGGAAUUCCUUCCUGGCGGUGACAUGAUGACGCUGCUGAUGAAGAAGGACACCCUGUCGGAGGAGUGCACACAGUUCUACAUCGUCGAGACGGCACUGGCGAUCGAUUCGAUUCAUCGGCUGGGUUUCAUACAUCGGGACAUCAAGCCCGAUAACCUGCUGCUCGACGCACGCGGCCACCUAAAGCUGUCCGAUUUUGGGCUGUGCACGGGCCUGAAGAAAUCGCACCGCACUGACUUCUACCGCGAUUUGUCGCAGGCAAAACCGUCCGACUUUAUUGGUACAUGCGCCAGCCCGAUGGAUUCGAAGAGGCGAGCGGAAAGCUGGAAGCGGAACCGGCGGGCACUGGCGUACAGUACGGUCGGUACGCCCGACUACAUAGCGCCGGAAGUGUUCCUGCAGACGGGAUACGGGCCGGCCUGCGACUGGUGGUCGCUCGGUGUGAUCAUGUACGAGAUGCUGAUGGGCUACCCGCCGUUCUGUUCGGACAACCCGCAGGACACGUACCGGAAGGUGAUGAAUUGGCGUGAAACGCUCAUCUUUCCCCCGGAAACGCCCAUCUCGGAGGAAGCCCGUGAUACGAUAGUCAAGUUUUGCUGCGAAGCUGAACGACGACUCGGUUCGCAGCGUGGAAUUGAGGACCUGAAGCUGGUGCAAUUCUUCCGCGGUGUCGACUGGGAGCACACACGAGAGCGACCUGCGGCGAUCCCGGUCGAGGUGCGCUCGAUUGAUGACACCUCGAACUUUGACGACUUUCCGGACGUUGCGCUCGAGAUUCCCGCCCAUCCACAGCCGGAAGGCGAGGUGCUCAAGGAUUGGGUGUUUAUCAACUACACCUUCCGGCGUUUCGAAAGUCUCACGCAGCGUGGAACGCCAACGAAAAAGUGAACCAUCGCAGCGAAAGCGUGCAAGAGGAGGCAGCGGCAAGUACGUGAUCAAAAUGGGGCAUCAUCAUCAUCGGAAUGGAAGCGGAGAAGGAAAGGACGUCCGGAUCGUUAGGCGCGUAUGCUUUAAUUGCUGGGGGUUAACGAAGGGUUUCAUUCUUGUGGAAUGAUGCGAUGCGGUUAAAGCGUACGAUCGAGCCACACACAUACACACCCGACUGCAAAUUGAAGAAUAUGGCAACUUAAAGAGAAUUCUAUACUGAACAAAACAAAAAAAAAGCAAAAGGCUAAGGCCCCUUACGUUCGUUAUUACGCACUGUUCGAUGGAAACAGCUCCGGCGCUGUGACGAGUGCAAUAACGGUUUGGCAACAAAUAUCACUCCAAGAAGGACUAAAUCAUACGAAAUAGGUAAACUACAUUGAACAUGCGGGAACACGGGGUGGAAUGUUGUGUGGCGAGGUUGUGGCCCGAAGAGACGAUGUUAAACAAGUUAAAAUAAGAAACGGAACACAUAGCAAACGGUGGAGAAAAAUUAGAUUGUGGUCGCAGUAGGCGGACCACCACCACCAUGGAAACCUCAGAACAAAAUCGUAUCGCGGUCGCGGUGAUGAAGCAGAUGAAACAGUUGUCCUUCUUUUCGUUUUUAAAGCUCUUUAGUUAAUUUUUAAUUCAUUAUUUUACGCGCACUAACGCUUCCAUCAAAACUCAAAACUAGGUUUUUAAUUUUUUAUAGAUAAAGUGAGCAACUAUUUGUUCUUCCUCGUCGUGUACCAAGUACUCUUCUCUGCGUUAGUGUGUUGUUAGUGUACCGUAAGAAUAGUCGUGUAUCCUUAGCAGUACGAAAAUCCAAAGCUUGCUGUGUGCGUCUAAUUUUUUCCAGGCUGCUUCGUCGUCUCGAUAGAAAGAUCUCCAGCCGACCGUCCAACGACAAGGAAAGAAAAAUAGAAAGAGAGCGAGGGAGAGAGAUAUAUACAGAGAGAGAGAGAGAGAGAGAGAAGCAUGAAAAGGGUGAAGAAACCGAUCAAACGCGUUUGAGAAACGGUUUCCUGCGGAUUUAGGUGAAAAUAGGGAAGCAUCAAUUUCUGUUUCUAAUUGUUAAGCCUUCUUUGUUAAGUUAUUAUUGUUUUAGGUGAAUUUGCGAAAACUGCCCACACUAACACAACAUUCACAAUUGCGCCUUCGGAUCAUUGAUGUCCUCACUUUGAGUCCCCGCCGCCCGCCGAUAUAUGAACCCUGUUUGUCCAGCCAGAUCGAUGGUGUAUUGUGUGAAAAUUGAAGAAGCGACGGAUUCGUCCAUCGUACGUUCCGUUCUCCGUUCUUGCCUGUGGUCCGUUACUCCUCGCGCCUUUCGGUGGCGUCACGCUUCGGAAUCGCGCCGACACCGGAGAUGACGAUAAAGAUGAGAGCCGAUAGUAUUAACUAGGAUAUCGUAAUGCGUAAUGUAUUGUAUUGUAUUGCAUUGUUUUCUUUUUAAAUUAAUUAAAAAUUAUUAUUCGUUCGUAAGGAAUGCUGUAGUAGUGCCCGGCAAGUGGGUUUCCCCGUUUUGCGAUUAUCUUACUCUACUUCUCCCUAUAAAAUUAAGCCACCAACAGCCACAAUCGUGUGGUAAUGGCCGCAGCCUUCGACCAGGGACGCUUGGAACAGGCUGGCUCUAUACUGUAAAUACUGGUACUAUUACCCAUGGCGCCUGUCACCCAGAACACUGUGCAUUGCCAUUACUAGUACGUGCGCGCCUUUGGCGCUCGUCUUGUGUUGUGUCUUGAUUUUUCUCGCCAGAUUAUGAACUAGACUUUCUGCUUAGUUGUAUUUCCUUAUUUCCCACACACUUCCCCCACAUGGUCGGCAAUAAAUCCAAACAAAUGCGCUUCAAACUUAUCACUUUUGCGUUCCUUUAUCACUUCGACCUGAUUACAAUAUGAGAAAUGUAAACAUCUAUUUGUUGUUUUUUAUUGAACCUUAAGCGUCACAUUACAGUGUUCCUUUAAUCCAGUUGCAUCAUUGUCUAAUCUGUCAAUACUCAAUACACUUCCCCCAGACACCUCCGUUCCCCCGUACAGUGUACGAUCAGCUGUUUCUCACUUUAUCGCUUGAUGCAGUGGUCUCAAACACGCGGCCCACGAAAUUGUUCGGUGCGGCCCGCGGUCACGUCCGCGGAGUACAUAAUUACGUUAUACCAGUCAGAAUAGUAAAGUCACAAAAAAAU